CCACGAUCUCAAUCAGCAUAUCAGCAUCAUCAGCGCAUCAACAUGGAAGAAGAGCUGGAUGUGGACCGCUGGUGCACCACCAUGUACCCCCACCAGCUUCUGGAGACAAUUGGACGCCCCAGCACAACCUUUGUGCUUGCCAACCAUGCCCCCCAGAUCCAAGACAACCCCAAGUACAAGGAUUGGAUGUAUGUGGCACGCUCCUCUCUCUAUCUGCUUGUCCCACCAUCCCACAAAGCAUACAUCAUCCGGCAGCUACACAACCGGCUGUUUGUGAUCCUAGCAAGCAAGUACCCACGGACAUUGACGCAAGGACAGCACACCAUCACGCUAUCCAUGCUGGUGGAAGUGCUUGAGGAAAGCCAUUGCCAUUCUGUGCGGGUGCAGGCCCAUGGGAUGAAACAUC